UUACUUCAUAGACAUCUCUCCAACUUCCCAGAACUGCUCUAUAUUUCCUGCAGUUCUACAUACUCAACUUACAUUUAAAGAAAACAUGCGGCAUAUAUAUCCAGCUCCAAUUCAGUCCAGCGUGAAUGGGUCGACUACUAAUCUCGACCUUUUUACGGGGAUUUUUUACUUGAUCCGAAUUCUCGGAGCAGGUGGAGGUGCCAUUCGUCCAUCAGUCAUUCCCUCUGCUAACGGCGGAAUUUACUUGGAACAGGAUAUUUUUUUCGACCCACAAAACAACAAUGAAAGCGAGUUUGACCAUCUCUGGUAUUUCGAACCAUCGUCCAUCCCAUCCUUCUAUGAAUGGGGAGCGACCUCCGAACCUACAGCCCGAGUGGCGUGGGCCUCUGGUGACGACGAAACUGAUGACUUUCCCCUCCAAUUGAGAAACAUGAGUGAAAUUGUGCAAGACAUUUACGAAGAUCCAUCCUCCACUUACUGGGACUUUGAAUCGUUCUCCCUUAACGAUCUCGGGUAUUCAGGGUUUGGAUAUAAAGUUCGCCCGAUGAACUUGGGCCUACAGUCGUCCUCGUCGAGCAACGGACCAUUGAGCAGUGUCACUUUUGCGCCACACCCAAAAAGCCAGAUGGGGUGGUGGCUACAACUUAACAACUAUAAUAACCAAGGCCACGAUGGGAGCAGUGAGGAUUCCGAUGAAGAAUCUGAUUCACACGUCGUCACCAGAUCAACUGCAGAUCAUUUGCUCGUAUUUGAACCUCAAAACUUUAAGCUUUAUGCACGUAUUAGUCACUUUGAUGCCGGUAAAUUAAAAGAAAUUAUGGACACGCCCAGAGUUAAAAAAUACGGUGGAUGGAACUUACUAAAAAACCCAAGUCCAAAUGAUACCACACAAAAUGUGACUUUUAUCAAUCAAAUUCAAUACGACUUGUAUGUCCGACCUGAUGAGAAGAACUUAUUUUCGGGCAUUACCGUCCUCAGCCGAAAAACUACGCCGUCAAGCAAGUACUUCGAUCUGGAACAGGAGGGAUCCGACUACAUGGAGACUGGUGUCAUCAAUCUUCAGGCCACAAGAUACAUCCAAGCUACCGAGGAAAUUGAGAUGGAUCCAUUUUCAAGGACGAAUGUCUCAUCUUAUGUCACCUACUUGAAAGAGUUUAAGGGAAUCAAAUAUUUCUCGUGGGCCGAUGUUUCGGCUGUGGUUGACAUGAUGGGGUCCAAUGGUCAUAUUGUGAAGAAUGUGUUGGUGAAAGAUGUAGCUUUGCUCAAGCAUCUAAUUCGAGCUCGUGGAUACCAAGGAGAAUUUCGCGACUUGCCGAAUACAAUGGGACAAGAGAAAGAUGUUACACAAAUUAGAAUCAAAACUACGGGCCGCGUUUGGGGAAGCUUCCCAAUUCCAUUUGUUCAGAUCGAGGAAGGUCAAACAUUCCUGUCCCAUCAAUACAAGGAAGAAUACCGGCGAAAAAUUGGCCAACUGAAUAGUUUAAAUUAAAAUUUAUUAAUGGCUGUUGUUAUAUAUUCAUGGUAUACAUAUUACUAUGAAAAUAAAUUGAUUUGUUCAUGCAUAAGGGA